GGACAGGGCUUGAUUCCCACCUUGACCUCACCAUCUUCCUCCUCAGGAAGCCAAGAAAGCUGCCCAGCAGGCCUCAAAGCCCCCAGAGCUCCCGCCCCCUGCCAAGACAAGGAGGAGACAAAGCUGAAAGGUGUCAUCUACUUCCAAGCCAUCGAGGAGGUUUAUUACGACCAUCUUCGCAGCGCCUGGAAGAGCCCCAACCCAGCCCUGACCUUCUGCGUGAAGACCUACGACCGCCUCUUCUGCCUGGUGGCCCCCAGCGCCGAGGCCAUGCGCAUCUGGAUAGACGCCAUCGUCACGGCCGCCGAGGAGAAUGCCCGCUACUGACCCUGCCCCUGGCCGUGACCGUGGCCCUGCCCCCAGAUGUGGGACCCUGGCCUUGGCUCCACCCACUAAGGGAGGCAGAGGAAGCUGGAGUGUUGACAUCUCCUCCAAGGGCGAGGCUCAUUGGAGUCUCCAAGGGAGGGGGGAGAGGCUAGAAACUUGGCCCCACCCUUGCUCGACUGCUGGUGGCAGAGAGGACACAAGGAGCUGAGUUGUUGAGUGUCUUCUCAGCCUGUUGUACCAAUGGGAGGUGGGCUGGGUCCAAUCGGAG